AUGUUUGUAGCAAAAUGGUCUCCUGGGAUUCAGCAAUGCAAAUCUGAGCUCGACAUGGUCCCGGUCUGGUUGAAAUUCACUGGUGUCCCAUUGCAAUUUUUCAAUAAAGACGCUCUGAAGGAGAUUGCGGGACUUGUGGGCCAUCCUGUCUGCUUACACCCUGCUACAGAAAACCUUACCAACAUUGAGGUUGCUAAGGUGUAUACAGUCAUUGAUCCCCGUAAGCCUCUCCCCGAAUUUGUGAAUGCACGUUUUAAGAAUGGUGAUACAAGGAGGAUUGGUGUCACCAGCCCUUGGCUCCCGUCUCUGUGCUCCUACUGCAAAAAGUUUGGGCACACAAUCUCGAGAUUUCCAAAGGAUCCUCCACCUGCAGCUUCCCUGCCACCUGCAGUUAUUCCUCCCCCUUCGCCUAUAGUUCCUGUCUCCCCCAGGAAUGGUAGGGUUACAGUGGAAUACGACCUCAGUGAGGGAAGCCUUUCUGUAGAUUUAUCAACGGAGAGCCAUCUAAAGGAGCAGUCUAGUUCUGGAUCACUUUCGGAUACAACUUUGUCUAGUGAAGCAGACGAUCCGGAUGAUGAAGACCAGUUCAUUGAGCGGGAGAAAGCGGAUUCUAUUAUGAAAAGUAUAUUACCAGGUUGGUCUUUAGAGAGCAACUAUGAAUUCUCAGAUCUCGGUAAGCUUUGGCUAAUUUGGAAGCCAUCAGUUCAGGUCAACGUCAUCGCCAAAUCACUUCAGAUGGUUACCUGCACUGUCAAGCUCCCGUUUCAUUCUACUGAAAUAGGAGUCUCUUUUGUUUAUGGAUCCAACUGCAGAAAAGAAAGAAGACUAUUAUGGGAUGAACUUGAAUCUGCUUCCUCUUCAUCUCAGCUUUGUGGUCUUCCUUGGAUUGUUUUGGGAGACUUUAACGAGAUUAUCUCCCCUACGGAACACUCCUCUGCUGAUCAAUUCUCAUCUUCUCGAGGUAUGAGAGAUUUCCGUGAAUGCCUUGAACGAAGCUCUUUAGCGGACCUUCAGUUUAGUGGCCACAACUUCACAUGGACGAAUCAUUCUGUCUCUAAGAAGCUGGAUCGAAUCUUGUGUAAUGAGGACUGGGUUGAGCAAUUCUCGGAUUCAAUUGGACUUUGUGUCUCAAAGAAACUUAAGGAGUUGAAGCCGAUCAUCCGUUCUUCCAACAAGGAGAACUUCUCUAACCUUGAAAAGCGGGUGGAUGAGGCGUUUUCUGAUCUCACCAACUGCCAGAGCGCCUCCUUAUCCUCACCUUGCCCUGUAACUGCUGAAUCUGAAAGAAUAGCUCGUCUCAAGGGGCUUACCCUGGCCAGAGCAGAAGAUAAAUUCCUCAAACAACGCUCGAGAAUUCAGUGGAAUGUUGAGGGUGAUGCAAACACUCCUUUCUACCAUAGGGUGAUCAAGGCAAGGCAAAAUCAGAAUCAUAUUCACCUCUUGACUGAUGAGCAUGGAAAUAUUAUUGACUCUCUAGAGGGAAUAAAGCGGCACGCUAUUGACUACCAUCAGAGCCUCCUUGGUGGUGUCAACGCCCUUACUACCUCCACCCCAUCUGAAAUUGCCGCGGUUCUGCAAACUAAAUGCUCACCUAGUGCUGUUGAUGCACUCUCGGCCCCGUUCACAGACCUCGAUAUCCAGCAAGCUUUCUUAUCUCUUCCAAAGAACAAGUCUCCGGGACCUGACGGAUACCCUGCUGAGUUCUUCAUUGGUAACUGGAAGUCUGUUGGUCGUGAUAUGAUAGAUGCUGUUCAAGAGUUUCUAAGUACAGGAGAACUGCUACAACAAUGGAAUGCAACAAUUCUCACUCUUGUACCAAAGAAAGUGAAUGCAACUAAGAUCACUGAGUUCAGACCGAUCUCUUGCUGUAACACGGUCUACAAGGUGGCGUCAAAGCUUCUUGCGAACAGGCUCAAGGACCUUCUUCCAACCCUCAUAUCCUCCUCGCAGUCUGUUUUUGUUCCAGGAAGAUUAUUGGUGGAAAAUGUGCUUCUAGCAANGUACUGA